AUGAACCAAACUCCCCAAGAACGUCUGGAUGCUCUUCUUAAGUCUGCCGAAGAUUUCACUAUAAUUCAAAAUAUAGACAUUUCUCACUAUGCACGGUUUAUCCGGUCGAUGUUUCGUCUAUCUGUCCAGUUCUCAGAAGCAGGCCAAAAAGAAAGAGCGUACAUAUUAUCCAUAAGAGCUGUUUUGUGUAUCCGAGAGUUACCUAAUCAUAAUGGUUACCAGAGACUGGAUCCACGUGUUCAAAACGAACUCAAAAGUCUUGGUAAAUUACUCCCAAAAUCUGCUGAGUUCUUGAAGGAUGAUUUGAAAAAAAAGUACACAGAGGAAUAUGAGCUGUAUAAAAAGUCACUUAGUAUAGCUGAAUGGAAAGUGAAUACUAAUGGGCCAGUGGUACCCUUUCUUGAUCAUAGUUCAAAACCAUAUGAUGACUAUCCAGUUGAUCCCAACUCUUAUAGACUCUCUUUGUCUAACUUAUCUUCAGUUAACGGGACAUUAUAUCCUGCUUUUAAUAAAGCCCUCAACUAUACUCCCGAUGAGCUCCCAAAAUCUCUGUACAGUAACUACGCAGGAAAUUAUGGUUUGACGAAAACAUAUUUAUCCCGACAUCUGAUAAGUGACUUUUUGAACCUAGCUAGUAAAAAUACUAAAGGAAAUCGAGAAACUUGUGGGACCCUGUGUGGGAAAUUAAUUAGUGGCAAUUUCUAUAUUACAAACCUUCUAAUUCCGAAGCAAAGCGGUACUCCAGACUCUUGUGUUACAUAUAAAGAAGAGGAAAUAUUCGAGUACUUAGACAGGAGGCAAUUGAUCACAUUGGGUUGGAUUCAUACACAUCCUACUCAAACUGCUUUCUUAUCGGCUGUUGAUCUACACUGUCAGCUAUCUUAUCAGACUAUGCUUCCAGAAGCGAUUGCAAUUGUAUGCGCUCCUAAAUUCGAUGAUAUUAAAUGUUUUUCAUUAACUCAUGACCACGGCAUUCCAUUCCUGUCAAAAUGUAAAAAAACGGGUUUCCAUCCACAUGCCACAGAUCUUCCAUUAUAUGAACAAAGUCAACAUGUAAUAUUUGACGAUACUGUUGAACAUUCUUCUGAUGAUCUCCGAUAA